AUGGACAAAGGAAAUUACUCACUAGUGACUGAGUUCAUCCUCACAGGGCUAACAGACCAGCCAGAGCUCCAGCUGCCCUUCUUCUUCCUGUUCCUAGGGAUUUAUAUGGCCACAGUGGUGGGGAACCUGGGUAUAAUUAUAUUGAUUAGACUCAGUUCAGAUCUUCAUACUCCCAUGUAUCAUUUCCUCUGCAGCUUGUCCUUCAUUGAUCUCUGUCAAUCAACAGUCAUCACUCCCAAAAUGUUGGUGAACUUUGUGGCAGAAAAAAACACUAUCUCUUAUCCAGCAUGCAUGACUCAGUUCUAUUUUUUUGCCAUUUUUGGAAUCUCUGAAUGUCACAUGUUGGCUGUGAUGGCAUAUGACCGCUAUGUUGCUAUAUGUCAUCCUCUUCAUUAUACUCUUAUGAUGUCUUAUGAAGUGUGUUCAUGGUUGAUGGGUGGGGUAUAUAUAUUAGGCCUUACUGGGGCCACAGCUCAUGCAGGCUGCUUGCUUAGAGUGCUCUUCUGUAAGGAAAAUGCCAUUAAUCAUUACUUCUGUGAUCUUCUUCCACUCUUAAAGCUAUCUUGUUCUAACACAUAUGUCAAUGAAGUGGUGGCUCUGGCAUUCAGCACAUUUAAUAUCCUUUUCCCAACACUGACCAUUAUUUGCUCUUAUGUUUUAAUCAUUAUUAGCAUUUUAAAAAUUCAAUCCACUGACAGCAGAUCAAAAGCCUUUAGCACCUGCAGUUCCCACAUUGCAGCAGUUGGUGUCUUCUUUGGCUCCCUUACAUUCAUGUACCUGCAGCCAUCUUCAUCCAGCUCCAUGGAUCAGGGGAAAGUGUCCUCUGUCUUUUACACUAUCAUUGUGCCCAUGCUAAACUCUCUCAUCUAUAGUCUGAGAAAUAAGGAUGUCAAAAUUGCCUUGAAGAAAGUCAUAAAAAGAAUAUUCUAUUGA